GUCGCCGCGCUCAUUGCGCAACGCUUGCGCAGCGCGGAUAGCUUGAUGCGCCGCGUCCGUGUUCGAUUCAACGCGCUGCUGAUAACAACGAUCGGCGAAACGGGAAGAACGUGACAGAAACGAUGCGCCUGUUUGCUUCAUUAUAACCGCGAACAUGGGCGACAGAAGCGAGAGGGGCUCGGUGAAGCACAAACGGAGAACCACGAUCGCCGGAGACGCGGCGGGAGCUCAGGCGAAGCGCGGCGGCGCAGAGACGCUCAGCGGACAGGUGAAGGAGAAAGAGCAGAGACACGAAACACCCGCGAAUAAACACAAGAAUCACAGCAAUGCUGGCGACGACGGCUUCAGCUGUCACAAGCUGCAGGAGUCGCUGCUCAGCUCCAAUAGUGGCUACAGCAACUACAGAGGAAUCCUCAACUGGUGUGUGGUCAUGCUGGUCCUGUCCAAUGCACGGCUGGUCCUGGAGAACCUUAUAAAAUAUGGCAUUCUGGUGGACCCCAUCCAGAUCAUCUCUCUCUUUCUGAAGGACCCGUACCGCUGGCCGGCUCUGUGCCUGAUCAUUGUUUCCAACGUCUUUAUAAUGGCAGCUUUGUACAUAGAGAGAAAGCUCUCCGUGGGCACCAUCUCAGAGGGCACCGGAACAUUCCUUCAUUGCAUCAAUCUUUCAGCUCUGUUAUUUGUCCCGGCCGGUACAGUUCUCAGCCUGACCUCUAUGACCCCAGUGGGUGGUGUUCUGGCGUUGAGUGUCUUCACCAUUCUCUUCCUGAAGCUGUAUUCAUACAGAGACGUCAACAAAUGGUGCAGAGAGAUCAGACACACCAAAGCCCGAACCCUGUCCCGCUCUCACUCUUGCCCGUCUGUGCACAAAGCCAACGGCACGAGCGGAUACACACACGUGAGCUAUCCAGCAAACCUCACACACAGAGACAUUUAUUAUUUUAUUUUCGUUCCAACUCUGUGUUACGAGCUGAACUUCCCGCGCUCUCCACGGAUACGGAAGCGUUUCUUACUGCGCCGACUGCUUGAGAUGGUGUUUUUAAUGCAGUUAAUGCUUGGAUUAAUACAGCAGUGGAUGGUUCCGACGAUUCAGAACUCAAUGAAACCCUUUCAGGACAUGGAUUUCUCUAGAAUCGUUGAACGUCUGCUGAAGCUCGCUGUGCCCAAUCAUUUUAUCUGGCUCAUCUUUUUCUAUUGGUAUUUCCACUCCUCUAUGAACUUCAUAGCUGAGCUCAUGCAGUUCGGAGACCGCGAGUUUUACCGCGACUGGUGGAACUCUGAAACGAUUCCGUAUUUUUGGUCGAACUGGAACAUUCCUGUUCACAAGUGGUGCCUACGACACUUUUAUAAACCCAUGUUGGUGAAAGGAGUAAAUAAGUUUACGGCUCAGUUAGCUGUGUUCUUCCUGUCGGCGUUUUUCCAUGAGUAUUUAGUGAGUGUUCCUCUAAAGAUGUUUCGGCUCUGGGCGUUUCUGGGAAUGAUGGCACAGAUCCCGCUGGCCUAUUUUGUGGGCCGAUUCUUGAGGGGAAACUAUGGCAACGCCGCCGUCUGGAUGUCGCUAAUCAUUGGCCAGCCGAUCGCCGUGCUCAUGUACGUCCACGACUAUUACGUGCUGCAUUAUGGGAGUGCAGCGGAGGGCGCCGCGGCAUGACGCAACGAUAUCUGCAAUAACCGAGAUGUUGAAUGUAAAAACAAUGCAUAUAUUUUUAGAAGGGAACUAUGUGAUUUUUAACAGACUUCAGCCCAAAUCAAAUGUGAUCAUUAGUCCGAAAGACUUGAGCAGGUGUGUUUUAUAAUGUGCAAUGUAAUGUUAACACUGCCGAGCCAAAGCAGCACAUCAUUGCAAUGCCUUCUCGCUAAUGUUUCAUACUUGACAUUUUCAUACUAAGAUGAUCAAUUCAAAGAGGCGCAAAAUCAGAAGUGCUACAAAUGUGUUUGUAUUUUUCCAAAUGCAUUUCAGAAGGGAACUCAUUUGUGUCUGCAAUAUAAAUGUAACGUUUUUUUUUUCAUUCUUUGUGCUGUUGCUUUGGUGGUGUGAUUGACUGAAUCCGUGAGUUUUUGCACUUUAUUCAGAAAAGCAUGAAGUUUGUCAACCUUUUAAAGGUUCGUUUAAAGUAGUGCUGUCAAAUGAUUAAUCACGAUUAAUUGCAUCCAAAAUAAAAGUUUUUGUUUACAUAAUAUACGUGUGUGUAUUGUGUAUAUUUAUUAUGUAUAUAUAAAUACACCCACAUGCAUGUAUAUAUUUAAGAAAAAUGUUACGUAUAUAUAUUAAAUGUAUUUAUAUGUGAUAUAAUUUAUAUGAAAAUGCAUGUAAAUAUUUUCAAAAUAUAUGCUGUAUGUGUGUGUAUUUAUAUAUAUAUACAUAAUAAAUAUACACAGUACACACACGUAUAUUAAGUAAACAAAAACUUUUAUUUUGGAUGCAAUUAAUCGGAUGACAGCACUACUUUAAAGAAUGUAACUGCUUUUAUGUUGAUUUCAAUACUUGCAGAUACAUUUUAAGUUUCUGAAAAGAGAUGUAUAAAUACAUAUUAUAUCAACAUUGUACAUGAAUCUGUGAAAUUUUUAAAGCCAAAAUUUUAUUUUGUGCCCUUUAAAUUGCCUACAGUGUUAUUUAAAUGGGAUUUAAUGGGAUUCAAGCACCAGUAGGGCCAAGAAAGAUGUAAGAUGUCCUAGAGAUAACGAUAUAACUAUAACACAGAGGAAUGUUAUCGUUGAAAUCAAUUUUGGAUAAUUUUUUCCCCCGAUAAAACCAUCAACAACCAAUCAGAAUCCAUCCGGACUUUAAAGAGUGCAAAUAUUGAAAGUGGCAAAAUAUUGUGUGGACACUGAUGCAGUUAUUGCUAUUGGUGUGAACAGACCUUUAUUCUGAACUUCAUCACUUUUUCAGGGGAAUAGUCCUGAGACUACAGAGAUUUUUAUAUACCAAACCAACCGCAAAUAAUGGACACCAAAUAAGAAGCGAGAUUGUAUUUUGCCAAAUAUUUGACAUAUAUAUUAUAUAUAUAUUCUCAUAUUCUGUGAAGAGAUUAUACAGAAAUAAUUAUUCUGUUGUCCUCUGAUUAUCUGGUUAAAACAUUUCGACUGCUGCGGUGCUUGGUCCCAUUAUUUGUGUGUUUUAUUUUUAUUUUUUUUAUCUAGAUACCAGUUUUAGGUUGGCUCAUAAUUUACCAUGGUUAUGUUAAUACUGAGAUGUAAAUUUACUUUAUUUCAUUGUAACUGCUGCAUUCAGGUGUGAUAACAGAGUUCUUUGAAGAGUUUUUGAAUUCCGUUUGAAGAACCUUUCUACAAAACUUUUGACAGAUUUAAUAACCAGCAGAUUUUUCCUGUGAAAGCCAAAGUUUGUAACUGAAGACACGUUAUGUUUUCCUUGUACGGUUUUGACAGCUCAUGUUCCAGUUUAAUAAAUCUUUUCAAACA